AUGGCGUCCGAACCCUCCACCCCGUCCAAAAUCAACAACGCGCUACACUCGUCCUUACCAGCGCCAGUAGCCGACAAGCUCCCCCACAUCCCGGAGUCCAAAGACGAGCUCAAGGCGGAGAUAAAAGCCGAGGCCAAGGUCGCCGCCAGCAGCGGGCUCUCGCAACUGCGGUCGCUGGCCGCCGGCGGCUUCGGAGGCGUCUGUGCCGUCGUCGUGGGCCACCCCUUCGAUCUCGUCAAAGUGCGGCUGCAGACGGCCGAUAAGGGUGUCUACAGCAGUGCCAUCGAUGUUGUUAAAAAGAGCAUUGCCAGAGAUGGCCUUCGGAAGGGUUUGUAUGCUGGCGUGAGCGCGCCGUUGGUGGGGGUUACGCCCAUGUUCGCUGUCUCCUUCUGGGGCUACGAUCUCGGCAAACAACUUGUCACGUCCGUUUCCGCGCCCUCGCCCACGGGCUCCCUAUCCAUCGCCCAAGUCUCCGCCGCGGGCUUCUUCUCCGCGGUUCCCAUGACCGCCAUCACGGCCCCCUUCGAGCGCGUAAAAGUCAUCCUGCAAGUCCAGGGCCAACGGAUGAAGCCGGGUGAGGAACCCAAAUACAAGGGCGGUGUGGACGUGGUGAAACAAUUAUAUAAGGAGGGCGGCAUCCGCUCCGUCUUUAGGGGGUCUACUGCGACUCUAGCAAGAGAUGGACCGGGAAGCGCAGCAUACUUUGCGGCAUACGAGUACAUCAAGCGUCGCCUGACGCCCAAAGACCCUGUGACGGGCAAGCCAAGCGGCGAUUUGAGUCUGUUGGCCGUGACAUGCGCUGGUGGUGCUGCGGGUGUGGCUAUGUGGAUCCCCGUGUUUCCCGUCGAUACGGUCAAGUCGCGGCUGCAGACGGCGGAAGGGAAUGUGAGUAUUGGUGGGAUUGUGAGGGAGAUUUAUGGCCGGGGAGGAAUGAAGGCGUUCUUCCCUGGCUUUGGGCCGGCGUUGGCGAGGGCGGUGCCCGCGAAUGCGGCUACGUUCUUGGGGGUGGAGUUGGCACAUCAGGCCAUGAAUAGGGCAUUUGGUGGUUGA